CAUUCAACCAUCAGACAGCAAGAACCUGAAAGAGCUGACAAGAGACACCACAGCAUCAGAAGAAAUUCAUCGACUGAAACACCCAGUGAAGAUGAAGACAUUCAGUGUUGUGGUUGCAGUGGCUGUCAUGCUUGCAUUGAUUUUUAUCCAGGAGAACUCUGCAGUCCCAGUCAUGGAGGAGCAAGAGUUGGAGGAUCCAGUGAGCUUUGACAAUCCACCUGCAGCACAUGAAGUGGAAUUAGCUGAAUCAUUGAAGAUGCUGUUGAACAGCAGACAGAAGCGAGAUCUCAAGUGUACACCUUACUGCUAUCCCACAAGAGAUGGAGUUUUUUGCGGAGUAACCUGCAGAUUCUAAAGAUUUCAGCUGCCACUAAACAAUGUCACAUGUUGUUUUGUCUUAAAAUUGACGACUUUGAAUAAUUUUCAUUGUGUCAAGUUUUGUGGAUGUUGGAUUUGAUUGUGUCGUUCAUAUGCUGAACACUAAGAUUUGCCAAAUUCAGUUUUAAAAUAUUUCAUUCUGAUAAUCAGCUGUGCUAUUCAGAAUGUGUGUUGAAAAUAAACCAAUCUGACUGAAAUAGUA